AUGAGUAAUUCACUGCCUCCAUCAUCUCCAAUCUUCAUUCAAGAUGAAGGGAUUUCUCCAAAACGUCGAAAGUUCGACACAUCCAAUUUAUCGAGUUUCAGCUCGUCUACCGGGACUGAGGAGGAAUGUAGACAACUGAAAACUCUGCUCGAAACCUUUCGUGCCAGAUUAUCCCGGACUGAAGCCACUGCCACCCAACUCCACAGAAUGCGAAGAGAAGUCGAUCAAAUUUUUCUGAGUGAGAAGGCCGAGCUGCAGAGCGAACUCCAUUUAGCCGAAGAGAGGAUCGAACAGUUGCAAAAGCAUCUCGUGACAGUAACCAAGAGUAAUCAUGAAUUGCGUGAAGCCCUGGUGGCUGCAGAAGCAAACACGCCCCAGAUGAAGACCAAGAUGGGGCGAAGAAUUUCGGUAUUAUCGAUAGAGAAUAAUCAACUGAAAGCCAGCACAAUUCCCUCAAAUUCCGAUUUUGGAAAAGCUUCGGCAUCACCAGAGCCCCAAGAGGACGAAAAAGAAGGCCUGAAGGAGAAACUCAAAGCUGCUGUGAAAAAGAUAUUCAAGUUGGAGCAGAAACUGAACACUAUGAUCUCUCGAAGUGAAUUUAAACGUCAGAGUGUUGAGCUCAAAAGUGCCAAGAUUAGAAUACAGGAGCUGGAAGCUGCAGAGAAAGAGAAAAUCAAGGUGAGGAGUCGGUCAACGCCUAAGAAGGAAUCGAAACCUGAGGAUAUUGAACUCGAAGACAAGUUGAACUCAGAGGAGUCCAACUGUAUUCACUCAGAGGGGGAAAAAUCAGCGAAGCCUAAAGCGAAGAACUUUGUAGAAAAAAUGCUAUUGUGCCCGAAAAUUCUUUCCAUCUCUCUCGAGCCUGUGAAAACGAAAGCACUCAUUAAGAAGGAAAUGUCGAGGGAGGAACAUUUGGACGAUGCAGAGGAGGCUGAACAGGUGCUAGUGCUGGAGGACAAGAAAGAACAAGCCUCAAGGUAUCAUUCAUCAGACAGUGACACUUCUUCAGAGGCUUCAGAGCAAAAGACUUCUGCUAAGGACACUGGAGUACUUUCGAUGGAAGAAGACGAAACACUGAGGUUCCAAGUGGAUGAUUAUGUCCCUGGAGAGUUCCAAGUCAUGUCAUUUGGGAAUGAGGCCUCAAAUUCACGUGCUUAUAGAGAUUUCCGAUGGAUUGAGUCGAAUAGUGCCGAGGUCUUGGUGGAUUUAGAACGGGAGACAUCUGAUGGUGAUGUAGCAGAAGCUGUUUCUGAGGUAAAACCUAAAGGACUGAAGCCUCGAGCCGAUGACCACGUUCUUAAAGAAUGUCAUGUUGUUCUCACUAAGGAUGACUCUCUGAAUCUGGGUUAUAACAAGAUUCUUCGGGAGCGUGAGUUGAAUUUCGAUGAUUCCUCAACAGGGUCAGAGCAGGAGACAUCUCUUGAAGGAACAGUUGCAGUUGGAAAUAAAGAGGAAGAAAAACUGGGGGACCAGAUGUUUGAGCCUCACGUGAUGUUGAUUCAGAAUGAGUAUUCCAAUCAGCUCCCUUUAAAUUCAAUUGAUCACAAUGACUCGUGGAUAAUGUCUCACGGCAACGACUCCUGCUCAGAUGUUCGACUGGCAUCAUUGCACCAGCUAACACUCAAAGUUGGAAAGAAUUUCAUGCUGGUUUCAAACUCGAAAUUCUUCCAGAUGGACUGGCGUAAUGAGUACAGGCAUAUUGGGAAGAACAAGUGGAGCUGCGAGAAAUGUGAUUGGAUUGAAUUGCGCAGAUUUCGUAUUGAGGAUCAUGUAUGGGUGGUGCAUUAUGAAGAAUGUUUCAAGUGUCCUCAUUGUCCAUUCAAUGAUGAGGGGAAUUAUUUUCCGUCGCGGAGCAACAUGAAGCAGCAUCUCAAACGAACGCAUCCAGAUUUGUCAAUACAAUCGAAGGGAGGUUUCUGAAAAACCGUACGAUUCAACAGUGAAGUGAUUUACAUAGAUGACUGAUUUGACUCCAAGACGAGUUCAGCUUGAAUUCCUUUGGA